AUGAAGAAGACAUUACUUCUUGUGUUUAUCCACGGCUUCAAAGGAGGUGACGACACCUUUGGGGACAAGGAUGGCUUUACAGAGCAGCUCCGGGCCCAGCUCGCCGCCGCCCUCCCCAAAAUCAAUGUAAAGAAUCUCGUGUACCCAAAGUAUGAGACGCGCGGAGAUCUGGGAGACUGCGUCAGCCGUUUCCGCGACUGGCUCCUAGAAAAGGUCAUCGACCUCGAGGUCGCAAACGCCACCCCGUCGCCGACGGUCGACCCGUCCGUUAGGAUCGUGCUGAUCGGCCACUCGAUGGGCGGCAUCGUGGCCGCCGAGACCGUCGUCGGGCUCACCUCCGAGCACCCCAUCUACUCCGAGGACGGCGUCGAGAAGUCGGACAACCCGUCCACCUUCAACGGGCUCAUGUUCCCCUACGUCCAGGGCGUGCUCGCCUUCGACACCCCCUAUCUCGGCAUCUCACCCGGAGUCGUCGCCCACGGCGCCGAGGGCCACUACAACACCGCGUCCGCCGCCAUGACGCAGCUCAGCGGCCUCGGGACGGCCAUCUGGGGCGCGAAGCAAGCCGCCUCUCCCGCGCAGAACAAAGCUCCCGUCGCGGCGCUUCCAGCACCACCAGUCAAGAAGGAUCAGCAGCAGGCUGGCUGGGGAUGGGGCAAGAUUGCCAUGGUGGCCGGCAGCGCGGCUGUUGCUGCGGCGAGCGCCGGGGCGGCAUAUUACAACCGCGAGCAGAUCACGCAGGGGUUGACGUGGGCGACGUCGCACCUCGAGUUCGUCGGGUGUCUGGCCAAGGGCGCGGAGCUGCAGAAGAGGGUGCAGUACAUGGUCAAGCUGAACCGGGAGCUCGGGGUCGGGUUUGCCAACCUGUACACCCGGCUUGGAAAGGCGGCGGGCAGCAAAGAGGUCAGUGUAGUCGGGACGGUGCUCGGCAAGGACCGCACGUUCUGCAACCUGCCCAAGAAGGGUCCUGCCGGGGUGUGGAAUGAGGCAGUCAAUGAUAUGGCUACCGACGAGACGUUGGCGCAUAUGAACAUGUUUGAGGCGAAGCAGAACCCUGGUUACGAGAAGCUGAAGCAGGAUGCGGCGUCGCUGAUCGUGCAGUGGACGACGAACGACUGGUACGAGACCAGCGAGGAGCCGAAACUGGCCAUCACGGAAGCGGGAGAGAGUGCGACUGCUUGA